AUGUUUAGCUUUGCUCUUUCAAAAUUUUUCUCCAGUGCUGCAGAGGAUGAUUUAGAGAAAUUCUCUGCUUCUAGGAACAUAUUUUCCAAUACCUUUCCGAAAGAAGUAUUAAUUAAUAUCGUUUCUUUUAUGGAGCUCGGAACGAUUUAUGUCUUUGCUAGGGCAGAUCGAUUUUUAUUGAAAUUUCUCUUUGAUCAAACUCCGGAGAGCAUUGAAAAGUUGUCAAACACGAAAAACACACAAGAAAAAUCAAGGAGAUUUUUUGACAACAAGGAAUGCAGUGGAGGAAUAUCAAAAACAAGAACUCCAGCAACAUCAUUUUGA